AUGGGAGAUGCUGAAGCAGGCAAGAAGAUCUUUACUCAGAAAUGCGCUCAGUGCCACACAGUGGAAAAAGGUGGAAAACACAAGACAGGUCCAAAUCUCUGGGGUCUCUUUGUCCGAAAAACAGGACAAGCACCAGGAUUUUUGUAUACUGAUGCAAACAAAAACAAAGGUGUUGUCUGGGGAGAAGACACUUUGAGGGAAUAUUUGGAGAACCCAAAGAAAUAUAUCCCUGGAACUAAAAUGGUCUUUGCUGGUCUUAAAAAGAAGAGUGAGAGAGAAGAUCUUAUUCAAUAUUUGAAACAGGCAACAUCUUCCUGA